CGGGGUUCCCGGAACAGGCCGCCAAGGGCGGGGCGAGGAAGCGGUGGCCGUACGGGUCGCUGAGGCUGCCGCCGCACCUCAACCCCUCCUGCUUCUGUCCGUCUGUCCUUCUGUCCGUCCGCCGCCCCGCCAUGGCUACGCGGGUCCCCGAGCUCCGGAUCCUACUGCUGCUGCUUCUGCUGCUCCCGCCGCCUCCAGGUGCCCACAGUGAGGUGUGUGUGGCUUCCCGUGGACACAACUUCUUCCCAGAGUCCUGUCCUGAUUUCUGCUGCGGCAACUGUUACAACCAAUACUGCUGCUCCGACGAGCUGAAGAAAUUUGUGGGGAACGAGGAAAGCUGCGCAGAGCCCAAGGCCAGUGUGUUUGCCGGUACAGAGCCCCUGGAGCAGCUGGGCUCGGCACUGAGGUUCCGUUCCAGCUUGGACAGCGACCCCAUGUCAGGGUUUGGGGCAACCGUAGCCAUCGGCCUGACCAUCUUCGUGCUCACUGUUGUCACCGUCAUCAUCUGCUUCACCUGUUCCUGCUGCUCUCUCUAUAAGAUGUGCCGCCGGCCACCGCGUCCGGUGGUCACCACCACCACGGCCACGACGGUGGUGCACACCCCUUACCCUCAGCCUCCAAGUGUGCCCCCCAGCUACCCAGGACCGACGUACCAGGGCUACCACCCCAUGCCCCCACAGCCAGGGAUGCCAGCAGCACCUUACCCAACACAGUACCCCCCGCCUUACCCUGCCCAGCCUAUGGGCCCCCCAGCAUACCACGAGACACUGGCUGGAGGUGCGGCCAUGCCCUACCCUGCCAGCCAGCCUCCUUACAACCCGGCCUACAUGGACCCACCGAAGGCAGUUCCCUGAACAUGUCCCUGCUUCCCUGGCUGCCCCUUGGGUGUGUGUGUGUGUGUGUGUGUGUGAGAGAGAGAGAGAGAGAGAGAAAGAGAGAGAGAGAGAAGAUGGGU